AAUGUCCUGUGGAGAGGGUUUCGUGGUAUGUGUCAAGGUCAUCUUGAAGGUCAUUCUUGUGAUCAUUUGCCUACCUCUGCUAUUUGCACUCAGUCUUCUGGGAAUUGUACUGGGCAUCCUAUGCUGCCCAUUGAAGAUCUGUUGUCCCUGCUGUGCGCCUUGUCUUGAGUACAUCCUCGACUUAUUACUCUCACUCAUAAAGCUACCUUUAAAGUGUAUCAUGUGGGCAGUAGGUGACGAUGGAGGAAGCGAAGAGGACAAGACUCCACUCGACCACGCUCCCACAGCAGCAACAUCAUACAACGGAUCAUCGCCGGGUUCGCCGUCGCACCAGAAAACAACAUCGAGCGUAGAAACACCAGAAUAGACCUACUAGUAUACAAACAUGCAGAUCAGUGAUGCAAAAUAAUGUAACUUAAACCUUGCCAUCACAAUUUUCAUGUUUUUUUUUAAGAUUCAUCUGAUCAUUAACAAAGGGAAGGGGUGAGAUGUAACACAGCUAGUUCAAGUUUGAUAUUGCUUUUAGAGGGAUUAUGGUGUGAUGAGUUACAUUUUGCUCAGGUGAAACAGACCACUCCACACAGUCCUGGGACCGAUUCAUAAAUACUUUAAACUACUGUUACCUGGCCAUUAUUGCAACUACCACGGAAUCCUUAAUUGUGAUUGGCUGAGCUAUGUUACCAUGGCAGUCUCCAUAAUGACAAAGUUACAGUGGAUGUAACUUUUAUGAAAUGAACCCCUUGAAUUUCACCUUAUCUUCAUUAAAAAUAUAUAUAUUUCCAGACUAAACACUAAACCUUCAACAUUGUAUACUAAAUCAUCAUCAUAGUCCUAAGGGAUCAAAGUCGAAUAUUCAAGAAAUGAGAAAAUUGAGCACAUAUACCUUAAUGUUUAACAGGAAAUUUAAGUAACAACUGCAGGCCCAUACAUGGUUAAGUGUUGUGUGGUUUGAACUCACUAAUCACUGAUAUCAAGCUAAUUAGUCUAUUUAUAGUCAAUAACUAUAUAUCAAUAAUUCCUAAAUUUCUCUAUCAAGUCUUCAGUUUACUUCAAGAAUGUAGGUUCUAAAUUCUAAAAUUUCAUUCCAUUUCCUGUCAAACUUGUUGAAGUUGUUUUUAACUAUCAAAAGAUUAUUUAAUUGAGCAUGCAUGUACAUGACAUAUCUUUAGUCUUUUCUCUUCCUUAAUAUAAAGGUCUCCAUUUUGACAUAUUGUACUUGCCUCUUUAAUGACCAUAUAAAUAACUUGUCAAAUCAUAUCUUUAUUCACUAUUUUA